AGCUAAGCUCAAGUCCCCAAACAGCCAUAGAAUAGAAGGGGAGAGUUCCUCAUGGUGUCCUUUCGAGAAGCCAUUCCCUUGGAGAAGAAGAGGUGCCAUAAAGUAGAGAAUUUUUUCUCUAAGAAGAGGAAGAAGGGAGAUGAAGAAGAGAGCGAAGGUUCGUUUCCUAAGAAGAUGAAGGUGGAGAAAGAAGAGGAGAUUGAGCUUAGCCUCAAUGUUCCCUUGCCUUUGGAUUGGCAACGAUGCCUCGAUAUCAAGUCCGGCCAAAUCCACUUCUACAACACGAGGACGCAGCGGCGGACGUCGACGGACCCCCGGCUGAUCUUGGACCCGCCGACGCCGACGCCGGCGGAGGCGGCGGCGGCAUCCACGUUGAGCCUCGACCUCGAGCUCAACCUCGCCAGCCGCGACUCGGCGCCCCGCCCAAAAUCGCAGCGCGACGUCUCCAAAGGCCCCUCCUUGUCGUGGACCUCGCCUGAUGCUGACGCCGGCGCCGGCGAGAUGGUCGCGGCGGUCUGCGCCCGCUGCCACAUGCUGGUGAUGAUGAGCAAGCCGGCCUUGUCCUGCCCUAAUUGUAAGUUCGUAAACCCGCCGGAUCACAGCUUCUCCACGGCGAUCAAGCCAGCGGUAAAGAUUUUGUGCUGCAAGUAUUAAUAAUAAAGUCGCUCGAUUCCUCGCAUUCAAUCUAUAAAGCUGACACCUUUAGAUUGAGGACUACUUGCCAGUUGCUAGUGUAAAUAUCACUACAUGUAGAAUAUCCCUGUUCGAUAGAUUAUCAAUUCCCUCAUUAUAUAUUGCAGACGCAUGGUUGUAGUAGACCCAAUCUACAUAUCUCUGUGCUUGUAACUUUAAGCUUCCUACUUAACAAGUAGUUAAUUUACAAGCUCUGGUUUUUCCUAGUCAUGACAUAGUAGUUUCUUACA